UGCUGCUCCUGGGGUGUCAUAGGGAAGAGACAGGUCAGUCAGGAAGGCCUGGGCUGAUAGCACUGGCAGGAAGGAAUGCCACUUCGCUGAGUGAGUGUGGCCCAGGGACACGUCACGCCCCGCCCCCUGCCUGUCAUGGGGGUGUGGCGGGGCCUCUCCAGCCGCCCUUUUCCCCUGCCCAGCCUGGCAUCAGCACAGUCCACACUCAGCUCACCUUGUACCUGACAGGCCUCGGGACAGCAGGUGGACCUGGAUUUGAAUUCCAGCUCUGUGUCUUCCUAGCUGUGGGGAAGGCAAUGGAGACUUCAGGAUCCUCCUCCCAGACUCCAGACCACGGUCAAGUCCACGGAAAUACAGAAGAUGUAGUCUAUGGAGAGACAGAUUUCCACAAGCAAGACAGGGAGGCUGGACUCUCUCCUCAAAAACAGUAUAAGAGAGACAAGUCUUCUUCCUCCUCCUCUUCAUCUUCCUCCUCCUCCUCUUCAUCCUCGUCCUCCUCUGCUUCAGAGAGCAGUGAUGAGGACCAGCACCCCAGAAAAACCAGAAAACACCGGCAGAGUCGGGGGGCUGGACACUCCCACAGGGGCGGCUCACCGGGUGCUGAGCAUGGGGAGCCUGAACUUUUGAAGGAUGAGCUUCAACUCUACAGAGGUGCUCCUGGGGAGGUGGUGCCCUCUGGAGAGUCAGGACUCCGAAGGAGAGGCUCAGACCCAGCAAGCGGAGAAAUGGAGGAGGUCUCUCAGUUAAGAAGACUGAAUAUAAAGAAAGAUGAUGAGUUUUUCCACUUCGUCCUCCUCUGCUUUGCAAUUGGGGCCUUGCUGGUGUGUUAUCACUAUUACGCAGACUGGUUCAUGUCCCUUGGGGUUGGCCUGCUCACCUUUGCCUCCCUGGAGACCGUUGGCAUCUACUUCGGUCUGGGUCAAUGUGAGGUCUUUGGCAAAACUCUGUGGAAAAAUGGGCAGCUCUGUAAAAAUGCAACAAAAACAGUUGAAAGUGGCAAACAAACAGAAAUCAGGCAGAUGCUGAAAACAAUGUACCGGAUCCACCGAGUCCUGCAAGGCUUCAUCCCCCUCUUCCAGAAGCUCAGGCUGAUCGGGUUCAGGAGGACUGACUGAGGCCAGUGCCCGGCGGGCAGCCAGGCCCAGCCCUAGUGUGACCGGCGUGGCAUCCGAAGCACAGAGCGACAUUCUGGGAGACAUGUGGGCAGGCCAGGCUAGAGCAAUAAAGAGAGCUCUUUUCCUUCCACACGGUCUGAACAUUGGCACCAGCCCUGGCAGAGGUAUCCUCUGGGCAGUGUUGGCAUGCAAUCCAGCUGCCAGGAUGGAAGGCAGAGGGAGGGUGAGGGACCUGAACCCUUCAUGGUACCUGGAUCAGCAGGAAGGUUCUGGGACAUCACUGCUCUCAGGAAGCAGUAGGAGACUCCUGGGCCCUGCACGCUAUAAUCCGUCUGGGCUCUGGUUUCUUUCAAACCCCCAGACUAUCCUGUGUGCUCUCAGUUCCUACAGAGCCACUCCAGGACAGACUUACAGUCCACUGUCCUGAGACAUGGAACCACCAUGUCAGGUCCCCUAGGCAAACCUGAUGUGGGUGAGAUAUGGGGGAUGAAACCACUGCAUCUGGGCUCCAUCAUCACCUAGUGCCAGCUCUGCAGCCCUGGACUGCAUCAAGAUUUAAAUAAACGUUUUCUUCCUUGUA